GUAAGUACAUAUCGACAACUCGGCAGCUGCACAACAACAGUACGCGGUACGGUCAAGUGGUUUCUCGAACUCAUUUAAUUUGUUGUCCUUUGUUUUGUUUGUGUAGCAGCAAGAAGAUUACCGAUUCAAGUGAAAUUGAUAUCGAGAAGAUCAUAAACAAAACGUGACGUCAAAAGGAAGGAAAAAAGAAACAAGCAAAAAUUACUGUGUGGCGCUAAGUGCGAAUGUGUCUGACGCUCAUAGACCAACAUGGAUGCUUACAUCCCCAUACGAGUGUAUGAGCUACAGAGCCUAUAAACCUACCUGUGUGCCAUGAGUUCAACGGUUUUAGAGUCCUUUGCUCUUAACACGUUUGGCUGCAUGGAAAAUUUACAAAAAAAAAAAACUACAAAAAAAUUAAAUGAAAUAAAAAUAUAGCAAAAACCCAACCAAACUGCUUCGGUAGACACCUUUGUGCGCUCUUUCUUUGUACACAAAGAGCAACUUACAGCGCCAAAGAGCGACACACUCCACCAACGAACCGACAUAUACAAGCAUAUGUGUGUGUAUGUAUUCACUUAAUAGUUAACAGUUUGUUUGUACACAUUCUCCAUCAGUUUAUCGCUGAUCCUUAAAGUGUUUAGUACCUAAAGACCUAUCAUAAACGCGCGCCGAGUCUGUAAUCCAUAACGAAAAAUAAAACAGAUAAUAAAUUAAAAUAAGAAUUGCGUUACAUUGAAUUUUGUGUCUUGCGGAAGCGCUUGUUUGUUGUUAUCAGCUUGGAAAUUGCGCCAGCAUGUGCAAAUUCCGUCCAUCGCCCACAAUUUUGCAUUUGCUCACGCUCUUUCUGCUGGCGUUCAGCUGCCAUUUGUUCACCACAGCGACGAGUAAUGACGUCAAUCAUGACGGUUGCAAUGAAUUUGUUUGCGGCUCAAUCGUCUCGAAAUGCCUGCUCACGCAGAGCUGUCAGUGUAAAUUGAAUAAUGCGACUUGUCUGCAAGAAUGUCUCUACUGUUUGGGCGAUCUGUAUUCGGAGUGUUGCGGCUGUUUGGAUAUGUGUCCGAAACUCACCGAUGCGCUUGACGCCACAGCGCCCAGAUCACAAUAUGGCGAAUUUGAGGGUUUGCCGGAACUCUUCGAAACACUCACCGAGGACGAUGACAACUGGACGGUGAUGCGUAUUUCGAUGCGUUCCAGCUUGCGGCGUCAUUAUGGCGCUGGCUUUGGGGUCUCCAUUGUUGGUGCGGGUAGCGAUGGUGAUGCGAUCGAUCGUCAGGCUUCACUGCAAAAGCUGCAGUCAUCGGCGUCAACAUCGUCGGCGCCACUACUGAAUUGCACUGUUAUCUAUUUGAAUGAGUGCAAAACGUAUCACAAGUGUGCGCAGGAUUGUGAGAAUAUGGGUGCGAAUAGUUAUCGCUGGUUCCAUGAUGGUUGCUGUGAGUGUGUGGGCGCGAAUUGCAUGAGUUACGGCAUUAACGAGAGUCGCUGUUCCGCGUGUCCGGAGGAUGAGGAGAACGGCGCUGCCGCGGAGGAUUAUGAUGACGAAUCGACGUGGACAUAUGGCGAGGAGGAGAAUAAUUAUAAUUAAAAAAUAAUAAUUUAUUGCGCUUAGCGAAAUUUUUUUUAUUAUUUAAAUCUUUUUUUGUUUUUUUUUUUUUGGCUUCGAAUUGUGUUUGGUUGACGCGUAACAUUAUGGAGUUGUUACGAGAUGAAAUUACAUUGACACAGUCAGCGUGCCGCCGUCGCCAACACCAUCGCCAGUGAUAAACAAAUGUGUGAGCUACAUAUUUACAAUGUACAUUCAGGCAUACAUACACAUGUAUAUAUAGUAUACAUAUAUGAAAGCAGAGAUUUAAAUUGGUGUUGGAAAGUCAAGUGUUGUGUAGGGUUAAUUAAUGUUAAGAAGUAAAAGUGUUUUACUUCACUCAGCGUGCGGUGUAUAAUGAAUUAAAUAAAUGAAUUUCUUUGAAAACUUUUUACUAAAAACCUAAUGUAUUAGUGCCAUUAUAUUUGUAAAAUUCGUCAAAAAAAAUUUAUGUAAAAAAUUAAAUUUUUUUCGCUCAAUUUAGCCGAAUAAAUUUAAGAAAUUUUUGGAUAAAAUCAAAAGAAAUUUCAGUAAAUUCACAGAGAAAUUCUGAAUAAAAUUAAAAAAAAAAUCAAAUAAAUCAACAGAAAAAGCAUUUCUAAAUACAGAACCAAAAAAGCUAAUAUUUUUUUUUUAUAAUUUGAAAGAGAUUUUAAUUAAAUCCACAGAUAAAAAUAUU